AUUUUGGGCCGCCAGUGGCUCAGAGGUUAUGGCAACAUUGCUCCAAAGACCCCAUGGGGAAAGCUGGUUACCCUCCUUUACGCCAUCGUGGGUAUUCCGCUGAUGUUGUUAUGCCUGUCCAACAUCGGAGACGCCAUGGCCCACUCCUUCAAGUUCAUCUAUUGGAAAGUGUGUUGCUAUCUCUGCAUCAAGCCACAGAAGAAGUCUCGAUCAUCCUUCCGACAUGGUAGAUCAUCCUUCCGACAUGGAAGUCGUUAUUUGUCGGGCCGGAGUCCGCCUAGAGAUAUUAAUAAAGCCACCCAGGAAAUUCAUCUGGACACACUCAGUCGGAGCAGCUACUACACCGCCCAGGGUACCAUUAUGUCCGAUAGUGACUCCCGCAGCCCCACAUCCCCGUUUAGCUCCCCCACUAUUCCCGCAUCUCCGUCGUCUGUGACUCCAGGAUCUCCUCAGUACUCGGCUCCUAAAAAAGUCAGCUCAGCACAGAGAGCACUAUACCCGGAUCAACUGAAUCCUGACCGGAUCCCUGUAAUUUCCAACAAAUACGUUCUUCAUAGUGGGGAAGAUAUACCAGUUGACCUCGCUCACCCUUCCAUGGGGCAUCUGGAUCCCUCUUAUUAUAACCUUCCCCAGGGAAAGCUGCAUCGGCUAGAACAGUGUAAUUGGGGAAGCCGUCGCCAGGAAGACAUGCUAGACUUUGACGUGGAUGAUGAAGAAGAAGACGAGUCUGGCUCUGAAGAAAGCAGAGAUGAAGAAGAAGUGAGUGUGCCUAUCUGGUUGUGUUCUGCCAUUGUUAUUGGAUACAUCUGUGGUGGUGCUUUUCUCUUCACGAUCUGGGAAGAUUGGAAUUUUUUGGACAGUUCCUACUUCUGCUUCAUUACUUUAACGACAAUCGGAUUUGGAGAUCUAGUUCCUGGGACAGCAGUGCUCUCUGAAGAUGCCCAACUGACGUUAGGCUUGUGCGCCCUCUAUUUGCUGUUCGGUAUGGCGCUCUUAGCAAUGUCCUUCAACUUGGUUCAGGAGGAAUUCACAAAGUCUGUCAAGUGUAUUGGUCGGAGGAUCGGGAUACUUUCAGACGACGAGGACGACAAUUGAAACACCACAGACCGGUAGACAACCACCUAUAUAUCCUAGAGGCACUGUAGCGUCUUCCCGAGGUCUUACUCUAGUCUCCUGACUUACUAAAGGUAAUAGCGUCCCCUGUCAGCCUGUAAAAAAGAUUGAAUCUGACAUCUAUGUAUGUGAGACGUGAAGAAUGGGAAAACAUGGCUAGACCAAUUUUUCUGAUUUCACAAGUCAGCUGUCAGACGGGUCAAGUUUACAUAAAGUGGAGGAACGCCAGUUUCUUUAAGUAAACCUAUCCAUCUUGAACUAAGACAACGAAAGGUAACGAUCACACCAUUUAGUGCUAUAACCAUGGUAACAUGAUUUCGAGAAAGUCCAGCUGCUAAAAGCAACUCCUCAACGGGAAGUGUUUGAUAGUUUAGUAUGUUGUUAAAAACAACAACAAAAAAUGUCCAAGAAAAAAGUUGAUGUGGAAUUUACGAGUUUUAUUCUUUAAGUAAUAAUAAUUAUCACUAAAGAGUUCAAAGAGAAAUCACCAACGUUUGUAUAUGUGAUACUAUAGGUUAUAGUAAAAAUAUUAACAGUCUCUUUAAAGGCUGGAGUUAAUCAAUCUCGAAGAUAACCCGUAUAGUAACGUUAGUAUGUAAUGUGAUAUAACAUAUAUCAUUUCACGUUAGUUCACUAAAUAAUAUGAAAAACUAGUUCUUGUUUCCAAGCAACAUUUGUAUGUGAUUCGAUGUAACACAAACCUUGCCUCAUUAUUUCCAUAAAUAAUAUUAAAAAAACUUGGUUUCGUUUCCAAGCAACAAUAGUAUGUGGUCUGAUAUAACAUAAAUAUUUCAUCAUUAUUUCAUUAAAUAAUGUUCAACUGAUUUUUGUUUCCAAGCAACAAUAGUAUGUGAUCGAAUAUAACACAAAUCUUUCAUAAUUAUUUCAAUAAAUAAUGUUCAACUGAUUUUUGUUUCCAAGCAACAACAAUAUGUGGUCUGAUAUAACACAAAUCUUUCAUCAUUAUUUCAAUAAAUAAUGUUCAACUGAUGUUUCCAAGCAACAACAGUAUGUGGUCUGAUAUAACACAAAUCUUUCAUCAUUAUUUCAAUAAAUAAUGUUCAACUGAUUUUUGUUUCCAAGCAACAACAUAUGUGGUCUGAUAUAACA